UUUAUGACUCAUAUCUAUCGCACUUUCAGUGAUAAAUAUUUUUUUUCUGAUUAAAACCUAUUUUAAGAAAAGAAAAGAAGUAAGAAGCGUUGGAAAAAUUACAAACAGUGACGAAAAAUUAUGAUUAUCUAAAAGUUGUAAGCAAAGAAAGACGCAAUAAGCAACUGUUGACUCUUUCCUCUUAGUUUCGUGUUGAAUAAAAAUAAUUAAAAAAAUUGAUUUCCAAAUUUCAGUUGAACUGUGUUUUCACUGAACAAUUUUUAUAUAAUUUUUUUUGUUGUGACCCGCGGUACCAAAUAAUCAAUCACAUUGGAUCAUCAAGCAGAUAGAAUGCUGAUGCUGCAGUACAGUAAACACGGCGAGUGUAUACUCCAAGAAAUUGGUGCAGCAUUUCGAGGCGAACAUCAAGCUGAUUUAGAAAUAAUUUGCGAUGGCAGCAAAAAUGCAUUACGUGCACAUAAAUUAGUAUUAGCUGCGGCAAGUCCACUUAUAAGAAACAUAUUGGAAGAUACACCAUGCCACCUCAAUGAUGGACUUACGACAAUACAUUUCCCAGACAUUCACAUAAGCUUUUUUCGGUUGCUGCUAGACUUUCUCUAUUCGGGACAAACAUACGUACCAGUUCAUGAGUUAGAGCAGUUACAAGAUCUCCUAGCAUUAUUACAAAUAAAACCAAAUAUAUGGCGCAGUGGUGAUAGUAAAAAAGAUAUUGUCAAUAAUUCCCAAAAAUUAGAUAGCUGUAAUGAAGGUGGUUUAAACUUAAUUAGCAAAAAUAACAACAACAAUAGCAGUAACAAUCGAAAUCGUACAACUAGUAGUAAUUAUGCGAUUAACAAUAAUGAGCUACCAUCCGAUGACAUUGAUCCGCCAGCAAUAAAGAGUGAAAGAAUCGUUCGUUCUUCGUCGAGAUCGCAUGGCGAUGCGGAACAUGAGAAACUUGAUGAGCAGGAAAAGACGGAUGAUUCACAAGAGUCAGCUUCGGAAAAUGAAGGUGACAACAACAACAAUGAAGAUGAUGAGCGUGAGGAAGGUGAGAUAUAUGAAGAUGAUCCGUCGAAGAGCAACGAGGUAAUUGAGAAAUCCAAACACUACAAGAAAAAGAAACGGCGAAGACGAAAACGUGAAAUGACAUUGAAAAGUGAUCAAAGCCAGCAGAUUGAGGAUGAUGAAGAUGAUGAAAUGACGACGAUAAACGAUGAUCCAUUAGUUUCUGCUAGCCAACGCAGGCAUUCAUCGUCCUCUGAUCCAGUUAACUUAUCUAUCACUCAUAAGCAACAUCAGCCAGACGAUUCAGACGAUGCAAAUAUUGAUGUAGAAACGAUAAGCAAUGCACCGACAAAAUCUCUUAUGCCCACACGCUACUUAGACCCAUAUCGCUUAAAGCGCAAAGCUUUAUAUAACAAUCCCUCUGAGCACGAGAAUUUACUACUCAAAGCGUUACCUGAACAUGACCUGCUUCAAAACUCAUCAGUCGAAAAUUAUGUUGUUACGCCUCAUCGUAAAAGACGGCCGGGUUUUCAUAACUCACCUGCACAAAAUCCACCAUUUGUGCCAAGCUAUUUAGAAGAUUUGAGACAACCACAUAAAAAUUUUCUGACACAAUCGUUAUCUGCACCUCCUGCUUAUUUGAGUGGAGAUUUUGAUUAUAUGGAUCGACGCGAAAUAUCAUCACCACAACCGUCCUCGCAACAGCGUACAUGUUAUCCCACCGAUUUUCCAAACCACAAAAAUAAUAAUAACAGCUUAAACGACAAUCGACGGCGUCACUUAGGUGAUGAUUCUGCUGGCCAAUCAAGCCCACAUUUGCCACCUCCGCCUUCUUUCUAUCCGUGGCCUCAUGGACCAUCAGCUGCAAAUUUGGCUGCGGCUGCGGCGUUAGCUGCUGCGCUUCCCGGUGGACAACACGAUUUGCUAGGCCUUACUCAAUCCGCCCUUCAACAGCAGCAACAAGAAAAUGAACACUCCCACCACCAUUCACGGAGCAACAAUCCAAAUUCAAGCUCUUCAGGCAAUUCCAAUUCGAACAAUCCCAAAAGUCGAGUGAGUAUUGGAAAUUUAAGAAAAAAUGAUUCAUCACCAUCAUACAAUGCAUCGAAUCCAUCCAUCUCAGAUCAACGUAUCACAACCCCCGCCACAGCCAAACAUGCCCAAUCAACCAAAUCAACAAAGUGUUAUUUAUACGGAGAAUACAAAAUGAAUCAUCAUCACUAUCAGCAAAGAAUAAAUCAGCAGAUUCAACAACAACUUCCAUCUCAAAUUCAUGGUAAUCGUUCAAAUGUGAAUGGAUUAAACAAUCAUCAACAUCAAGUUCCACCUCCAAUUAUUCCAAAGCAACAUUUACAUCAAAACAUUGCGACAUUGAAUCAAAAACCUCCACAUCAUGUUUCAAACCAUACGACACCGAAUUCCCAAAUUCAGCCAUUACAACGUUUAUCUUAUGAAAAGUCAGCAACAGCAGCAGUUCAGACAUCAAACAAUUUGAAACGCGAGAGUAAUACAACAAUAAGUGUUCCAGCAACCGUAACACUUUCAUCAAAUAAUUCUUCAAUUGUAACUGUUCAACCACAAACAACAUUAGUGGCACAUUCUAUUCCAGUAGCUUCCUCCCACCUUCACCACAAUGCAAAUUUAACAACAUUGUCAAAGCCACAUCCAAGUGUGUCAUCAUCUGAAACAAAAGUUGAAUUGAAAACACCAAUUGUCAGCGCCAACCAAGAAACAGCAAACUCAUUAGCAUCAAAUGCUGCUGUUGGUAUUUCUCAAUCAAUUGCUUUGAAUGAUUCGUCUUCAGGUGGUGAAAAUACUGAACAAGGACUUGAAUCGAUUGCUAAUACUAAGGAAAAAACUCCAAUGUGCUUAGUGAAUGAAUUGGCCCGUUUCAAUAAAAUUCAACAUCAAUAUCGUUUGAUAAGCGAACAAGGACCGGCACAUAAAAAGCGUUUUACAGUAAUUUUAAAGCUCGGUGAUGAGGAAUACGCAGCAGAGGGUUUGAGUAUAAAAAAAGCUCAGCAUAGUGCUGCAAAAGAUGCAAUUCUAAAGACCGUUUAUAAACAUCCGCCGUUGAAAACGAAUCGUCAACUUAAAGGUGUUCAAGUAUGUAAUAAAAGUCAUUCAGGAAACAUUACACCAACUGUAGAACUAAAUGCUCUUGCUAUGAAGCGUGGAGAACCAACAGUUUACACUGUCUACACGUCAAAUCCUGCAUUACAUGGAAUUCCUCAAAUACAAGCUCCUGGAGGGCAGCAAUUUACAAAUCCACCGCCACUUUUUGUUCCUCGUGGUAGUAAUCUUUACCAACCAAGACGCGGCUUUUCAAAUCAACGGAAUAGUGGAUCUUUUUCGACAAAUUCAAGAGCUAGUGGACAUUUCAAUAGUACGGAGACAUUUUAUGUUGUUCUUCAAGUUGGAAGCCGUACAUUCUCUGGUAUGGGUCCAACACAACAAGCAGCAAGGCAUGAUGCUGCAGCUAGAGCUUUAGAAGUAUUGAAGCCAUUGACAAUUGAAACCGAGAAUUUACCAAAUAAAAUUACCACCGGCUGUUCAUCAGAAAACGAUUCAGAGACUGGCCAAGAUACAUUGAUUAAUUUGGAUAUUAAAUCACCGAUUUCAAUUGUCCAUGAGAUGGCUUUGAAACGAAAACUUUCAGUAUCUUUUGAAGUUCAAAAUGAAAAGGGUCCACCACACAUGAAAGUCUAUACAACUUUAUGUAAAGUUGGCUCGAUUGUGACUGAGGGAGAAGGAAAUGGAAAGAAAUUGUCAAAGAAAAAGGCUGCUGAAAAAAUGGUGGAAGAAUUAAAGAAGCUUCCUCCACUUUCACCAAUUGAAGAACCAACAAACAACAGACUUAAUACAAAAAUUCGACGCAAACAGCAACAACAGCAGCAACUGCAACAGGCUCCAAUGAUUAAAAAAAAGAGUAGAAAUUUAAUAAAAGAGAAGUUAGAAACAAGCGGUGGAACUUCCGACGAAAUUAAUCCAAUAUCACAAUUGAUUCAAAUACAACAAGCUAGAAAAGAAAAAGAACCUGUUUACACUGUCAUUGAUGAAAGAGGAACUGCACGUCGUCGUGAGUUUGUUAUUGAAGUGCUGGCUGGAGGUAUGACAGCAUCGGGUACAGGACCCAAUAAAAAGUUAGCAAAGAAGAUUGCAGCUGAAAAUUUGUUGAUUUUGAUGGGCAUUGGAAAAGUGACAGCAAGUGGAGAGAAUUCAUCAAAAGAAAAACCAAGAGAUGAAGUUGUGGAAAAAGGAAAGAAAGUACAAUUCAUUGAACCCGACUUACCUAAGAAGACUGCAAAAACUAUUACGCCUACGCCAACAAACAGUAAUGGACGGCAAAUUGUUCCUGGCAUAUUGUUAGUUACAGCAUCAACUUCUGAUAACUUCUCUACCCCAACAAAAUCGUCGACAUCAGGGAAAACUUCUUCAUCUUCAGAAGUUGUCCUUGAAAAGUCUUCAACUAGUCCGAGUUCAACGACCUCAAACCAUGAUAGUGGGAUUGGGGAAAGCGGUGUUAGUCCUCGAGAUCAAUUAAAUUAUCUUGCCCAAUUGAUUGGAUUCACUGUUAGUUAUAGCGACUUUCCCAAAGGUAAUCAUACAGAGUUCUUAUCACUUGUAACAUUGUCAACAGAUCCGCCUCAUAUGAGCCAUGGAUCGGGCUCAAGUGUUGAUGAAUCAAGAGACCAUGCAGCAUUGAAGGCGUUAAGCGUUCUAAGCGAACUUGGAUUAGAUAAUGUUAAGCCCAAAGCGAAAUAGUAUCAAUAACCUUGAUAAACUACUUUAUAUCUAAUAUAAUCUAAAGUGAAAAGUGUCGUCAGCAUAACAAAAUGAAAAUCUUUUCUUCUACUAAAAUAUCUACUAAAUAAAUAAAUAUCUGAAAGUAAAUGGAAUGGAAAAAAAUAGUGAAUGAAAACAUGAGAAAAACAUGAUGUGCAAAUAUUUACAUUUUCUUAAUAAUUUUAAUGAAUGAAAAUCGGUUGUAGAAUAAUUAAAAAUUUCUUAAGUUUUUGAUGAAAUUUUUUGGUUUUUGUUUUGUUUUGCGGUAUUACUAAUGUUAAGUUUUCUUCUUUUGAUUAUUUAGAUCAAUGAUUGCGAAUAAUAUUUUCAAAAAAAUUGUUUCAUAAUUAAUUCUUUUUUUCGCACUAUAUCACAUUAUCAUUUCUUUAAGUAUCUGUUCUAUUCUUCAGAUAUCAUCACAUGAUAGUGUAGAUUUGUAUUUAAAGAUAAGCUCAUAAGAAGGUAAAGUUUAUAAUUGAUUGCGAAACUGUUAAGUUAUGAUAAAAAUUGAUCAUCGAACCAAAUUAAGCUACUAAAUCCUGGUAAUUAUUUCAUUUCAAAAAUAGUUAUGUUGUGUACAUCAUCUGUUCGUAACAAAACAAAAACAAAUUUUCUUUUUUGCACUGAAUUAAUUUAAAGAGCUGAUCUUUGAAGAACUGUAUCUGAAGCAUAAAUAUAAUAAGUAAUGUCAUUUUUAAGUGUCGCUUUUUAUGGACAGGAAAUAACGGAGGAAAAUUAUAUUCCUUAAAAACAAAGAAAAAUUGUUCGGACUAUUUGUGUAAUUUGAUGUGAUGAUUAUAAUUUAUUUAAAAACAAAAAUUUUUCUCUAUGCUGGAUGAUUAAGUAAACACAUAUUUAUUAUGUGAAUAGUCCAAUCCCUCUAAACAACAUCAAGAACAUAUAGAAAUAAGUAUUAAUUUAAAGUUGUUUGUGAAAUAUUUAGAUUGUAUAGAGAUGUCUUCUUUUUUUCCUCACCUCAAACCUAAAUACUUUACAGAUAAACUUCUAUAUAUUCAUAUAUAUUCAUGUUUUUGUAGAGUUUAAGAGUUCAGUUCUGUUGAGGUGAGGUUGAUUUUUCAAAAAAAAUUUAAGUCUUUUUUUUCUUAAACAUCUCGAACAUAUUUAUUUACAAACAUAAAUCUCGCUUUUUUCCUUUUCUUUUUUGAUAUUUAAGAAAAAAAAGAACAUGAAUUUCUACAUAUUAUGAUACACAUGUUAAAUUUGUUCAAGUUUAUUUAAAUGAUUUAGUUUUAAAUUUUUUUUCUCAAAAGGAGACAACAAAAGGAUAAAUCGGUGGAUUGCUUAUUCAGAAAAGUGUUUCAUUCUUAUUAAUUUUUGGAACUUAAUGGAAACCAAUCACUAAAGUGAUUGAGAAAAACAAAAAAACGGUUGCAAAUUUUGUCUUUCGGAUUGAAAAUUAAAAAGAAAAAAGUAGUUUAUUAAGACUUUUAUGGAUAAGAUAUCAAAAAUGAAUCUUCUUUUGAGAAUAAAAAUAAAAAUAUUUAAAGCACGACUUGCUAAUCCACAAUUGUGGUAUUCUUUGUGGAAGCAAAAACCGCAUACAAUGUUUAUGUGAAAAAAGAACUAACAUUUAUGGUCAUCCGUUUAAAUAUAACCGAUAAUUUAUUUCAAACUUUAAAGGAGCUAUGAAGGAAAAAUAAAAAUAAGAGAAAAUGUUACAAUAAACUUGUUGCAAAAUUAUUUCCAUUUUGGUUUCUAAGUAAUUUUGUUUUAUUAAGUGUAUUCAAACAUAUAUUGUUGGGUUAUUCUAAAUGAUAUAGAUAUAUUUAGGUAAAUAAAUAUUUAUAUAAAUUUAUCUACAAUGUAGUGAAAUUAUGGAAAAACGUUUUCUUUGAAA